UCAUCAACUCAGAAUACUUCUGUUUUCUAUUCUUUUAUUUUUUUAUACUUCCUGGUGACAAUGGCCAAUGUCACCACUCCUAUUCACCUGAGCCCUUUAAAAAGCAACAUUUGACUACGGAGCAAAGUGACUACACAGGGCAAACUAUAGAGGAUUUUUUUCUGGACAAUUUCAGGUUUGGAAGCAAGAAUGUCUCACACAGUCUUACCCGUGAACUCUUCAACACUCAUCAUCCAGAUUCAACCACCAACUGGGUCUGUGACAAAUGCUCCUGUGCCUGUUUAUUCUCCUCUUCAUGGACUUCAGGCAUUUCUGAAAGGCCAACCAAAAGCCCUUGGGACUGUCCAGAUAAUGAUUGCUCUGUUAACAUUCCUGCUUGGGAUCGUGUCUACAGUUUAUGCGGAAUCCAUCUUUGUCUUUAGUGGUAUUCCUUACUGGGGAUCGGUCAUUUAUAUUAUUGCAGGUUCACUCUGCAUUGCUGCCGAAAACAAAAUUAAUUCACCCUUCGGUUUGUGUUUGUUGAGAGCUUCACUUGGAAUGAACAUUUCCAGUGCUUUAACUGCAGGCAUUGCCCUUAUUUUAACUUCAAUGGAUUUGGCUCUAGGACCAAUGUACUACAGUUACUGCAAUGAUUAUCAAUGUUUUGGUUUUGAGGCAAGGUAUAAGACUCUUUUCUUGGGAAUCAGUAUUGUAUCACUGAUAUUUGCCUUGCUUCAGUUGAUCCUCUCCAUAUUUCUGUCAGCAUUUGCCUGUAAAGUUUCCUGUUCCUGUUGUCCUCCACAGGUGCCAAAUGUUGCACAAGGUUUACCUCCAGUGCCCUGUCAUUGCCAUGAUCUUAAGAGCCCUGAGAUAUCUGUGAUCAGCAACCCUUCUGUGCAUCACCAUUCUGCAGAAAUUCCUCCACAAUACAGUGGAAGUACAUAAAUAUUAAUAGUGUGCAUGAUGCUUUCCUGGGGCUUUCCCAAAGGUUUCCUGUCACUUGCCUUUCAUAAUUAUUUCAUCAUUACAAGUGAUAAUGAAAGCAAAAAAGAAAAAAAAAAGAAAAGAACAAACCAAACCAGUUGAUCAGUUGUUUUUCUUCAUGUGUAGACAGUAUCUUUUCAAGACACUUAUAGAUACUAUUUCCUGAUUUUCUUUUGCUAAUUAAGUCAAAGCUGUCUAAUCAUCAGUGUAUCUGGGUAGAUUGUUUCGAACAAGUAAUUGUUUAAUAUUGUAUAACCUAUAAAAAUGAAGUAUACUGAAUAAACAACAAUCGCAGAAGGA